GCAAUUUUAGGGCAGAGUGCACAAUGGCUUCUACAAUUGAUGACGUUUUUAUAAAGAUUGGUGAAUUUCGUCAAUAUCAAUGGUACCUUUUUACCAUUUUUGGUUAUGUACUAUUGUCAAUUUCUGCGUUUCCUGUCAUGAUAGUGACGUUUAUUACAGCAGAGCCAGAAUGGAAAUGUGUUGAUGGAUAUAUGAAUAAUACCGUAUGUAGAUUUAAUAAAUCAAUAACAUUAACCAGUGAUGAUUACAAAGCAAGAUGUAAAAUGCCGAGAGAAGCUUGGACGUUUGCAGAUGACUUUACAUCAACUGUUACUGAGGUAGGAAUCUGUAAAAUAUGAACUUCUCUAAAUAUGCGGGUGACUUUUCAAUAUAGUAAGUAGGUAAUAACUUUUUUGAAUAAGUGCUAGAGUAAGGAUUGGAAGUACUGUAAGGAUUAGGAGCAGUUCCAUUCCAACUUGUCAACUGUAGUAAGUCAGAUGCAGGAAGUGGAGAUGCAGGAAGAGGAGGAAUAUAUAUAGCUCAGAUGCAAGUGGAGAACAAUGACAUAAUUACGUCAUGAAGUUACAGUUCAUAGUAGUAACACAAAACGAAAGCCCCGGAUAAGUUGGGAAACGUGUGGCUUAAACAUUUGCAAAAUCAUGUAUUUCGAAUGUUUUCUCAUUUACACAGACUUGGAAACAUAGUAACGGUUACAAAAUAAUUAAUUGGUUUGGAUUCCUUCCCAAAAAAGGCAAAACUGUUUUCCAACAAAUUAAGAAGCUUAUCUUAUUUCUCAAGUGUGAAUUUUUCGUAACUGAUUCACCAUAUUUCGAGAAACUUGACUAGUAUACAAUGUUGCCAGUACAACAAUUUAGUCUUCUACUAUGCCCAUGACGGUGAGAUUAUAGAAAGGAACAAAUGUAAUUAUUUAACCUAAUCUGAAGCAACACAUGUCAUUUCUCGUUGCAGUACGACCUAAUUUGCGAUAAUUCGAUUGUUCUAUCUAUCGCUCAAUCGUGUUUCUGGGUUGGAAUGUUGAUUUCCUUAUUGAUUGGCGGUUUUAUAUCAGAUACGUUUGGCCGACGAAUUGUUUUGUAUUGUGGUUGUGCUCUUGUCGCCGUUGCGACUUGGAUUAUGAUCUUCCCAAAAGCCUUUGUGGUGUUCAUUGUUUGCCGCGUUUUCAUUGGUAUCGGUGCAGGUAGGCAGGGACUGAUUUGAAAAUAAAUCAGCAUUCGCGAGGUCUGAAUUCAGUCAGUGACCAAUACUAAGAGACUACAGUAUUCACUUUUCCAUCAAUAACCAGAAACGUAUAGCUAACAACACCAACACCGUCAAAUUUAAGAGGCAGUCUCUGUAAGAACCUCAUGACCUCUUUGGAUCAACAAAUAGAUUUCUCUCAAACUUUGUAGUUGAGAUUGCCUUUAUAAGGGUUGUUUCGAAAUGCAUUUUGUUUUCAGUCUAAUUGCAUUUUGGCAAAGUUCCAGGGGGGUCAAGUUGAGGGAAAAAAUUACGAUUUUUGCUGUUUCUCAAUAGUGGAUUUUUGCUGAUUUUUAAACCUCUGUACAUCAAACAAAAAUAAUCAUAAAACUAAAUCUUUCCAGACAAUAGUAGCUUUAUAUGUCUUAAGUAACAAGGUAUCUAUAAAUUUUUCAAAUUUGUUUUCUAAAUAUAGAAAUGACAUCAUUCAUGAUAGACUAAAAUAGAAAUUUCCAAGUUCCUUAAAAAUGGGUGAAAUAAAAACCCUAAAAUUCAAAAGUUAGACUUGCUAUGAAUGUAAUAUUAUUUGUAUGGUGAGAUUAAAGGUUGGUCUUACAUAAUAUAAAAUAAAAUAUUGCGGCCUGUAAAUUUUGGAGGUACUACAGGCCAACAAAACAUCAACAUUUUCGACUUUCGGCAGUUUGGAGCAAAUAAGAACGUUCAUGUUUACUGUAAACUCUGCUUUGAAAGAGCAAAAUUUUACAUAUUAUUGGACCUAGAACAGUGAUGAACAUUCGUUUGACCUUUACUGUUGUCUAAAGUCUUUUAGGGAAAAGCACUGACACAGGCAUUUCCGUUAUGUAUGGACGUAAUGGACCGUAUUGUAUAAAUAAUAAACAUUUUCUAGCUGAAUAUAAUCAAGACAAGUUAUACAUUUGCAUCAUGUAAAGACGUCCGUUAGUAAACAAAUUAUCAAACAUCGAUUUAUGUUGAAGAUUUAUUUAGAAAGUCAAGAGAAAACCUACCCCAAUAUAAUUGAUACAAAGUAUGCCUCGAUCAUAGCCUUGUCAUUCAAUGACCCCGAUUGUCAGUUGACUUAUUAUUUGACGUUCGUUAGCUUCCAUUAUUCUUUAGUGUUAAUCACUUUCGAUAUCUUAAUGAUUAUUGUAGACACAGUCUCGUAUAUAAAUCGUGAUUCUUCGUCCGAACAGGCAAUGUUAGUCAAUUCCUCCAUCAGUCCAUCGUUUAUAUAACUCGAUUUUGUUGUUGUUAUGGCGGAGGCCGCUGACCAGCCAAAUAAUUCGAUUGUCAAACGUACAGGGCGGGUUUGUGCACGAUAGAGAUAUUUACAGCCUUGGAAAAUUUUGCUUCCAUCAAACAAAUAUCAUGAUAAACCUGUAUCCUCCCGCACAAUAGUAGCUUGGUAUGUCCUAAGUAUCAAGGAAUCUAUAAUUUUUUAAAAUAUAUUUUCUAAGUAUAGAAAUGUUUCUUUAUUUAGAAAAAUUACAUUUAGUCUGUUUCAUUCGUGACAGACUAAAAUAGAGAUUUUCAUUAAAAUAGAGAUUACCUUUUUAAGGAUUGGAACAAUUUACCCAAUUCUAUUUGAGAAAACGAUUUCCUUAUAACUUAUAAACAUAUCAAGAACUUUGGAUUAUAGUAGUGACUUAUUUUACUUUUUACAUCGUAAUUUCCUAGUACAUAUACUUCAGAAAGAUAUAUUAUAACGUAUUACUAUUAGCUAUAUUGUAAUUUAUUUGCAGAACCUCCCUGAAAACCACGUAUGUGAUGGAAGCUGUUAAAAUAUUACUUUAAUAAUAAUAAAGUUUUGCAUAUAUAUACAGGGACGCCGGAACUGGGGGGGGGGCAGGGGGGGAGGCUGCCCCCCUUGCCUUUUGCUAGGGGGGGGCAGAAGUGCCCUUUUAGUUGUAAAAUAAUAUGUGAUAAAUCACAUUUCCAACGAUGCUUUUUGUAGGAAAAUCACGAGAUUCAGGUAAUUUAUAGUUUAUAUUUAUAAAAAUUUUGGCAAAUUUUUGGAAUUUACAAAAAUAUUUGGAAGAAAUGGCGAAAAUUUAAGAUAUGCGGAAAAAUUUUUGGCUGCACGGAAAAUUUUUGUAUGUCCGGAAAAAAUUUUUGACCCCUAAAAUGGUACACUGACCGAAAAAAUUACACUCGCCAAAAAAUUUUGCAAUGAAAAAAAAUUUUUCAGUAAAGGUGCCCUUGGUGUGCGUCCGCCCCCCUUUGCCCUAUUAUCGUUCCGGCGUCCCUGUAUAUAUAUAUAUAUGUACUUCUAAUUCGCUGCAGAUUUCUUUCAGCAUUUUGACAUUCAAUUUUUUCAAUUCGUUACGUUGGCGUAAUUCACAAGUUACUUAUACAGGGUGUAUAAAAAAAAAACACAACCUCGGAAUUUCCCAAGAAAUCGAUAUUGUUUUAAAGACAAAAGAUCUUAGGCGCCUGGGAAUUUAAAAUAGCCACAACUGUCAAAAUUACUGCACACGCGAGUGCAUAAAAGAAAAUUUAUGCAUUUAUUUAAUGCACAACAACAGUAAUAUGAUCUAUUAGCAAUUAGAUUUCAAUUCCCAGGGGCCUAAAAUCUUUUAUGCUUAAGAAUUGCAAAGUGAUUUCUUAGGAAAUUCCGAGGUUGCGUUUUUUUUUAUACACCCUGUAUAUUAACGCAACACGCAAGCAAGUUUAUAUGAAAGCAAGUUAAUAUCAAAACCGUGAAAUUAUACAAAAUUUAGAUAUAUUUUUUUAUUUCAGCUGCAUGUGUUUUCACAAAAUUUAAAAAGUCAAAAAUCACCUGUGGAAAUAGUCUUGCGGUAAAUUUUCGGUGUGAAAGCAAACAAUUCUCGACAUGUUGCAUGUGUUUUGACAGCCGGAUUAUUUAGCUGGUCAGCGGCUUCCGCCAUAACAAUAACAAAACGAGUAAAAUUAAACGAUGGAGGAAUUGACUAACAUUGCCUGUUCGGACGAAGAAUCACGAUUUAUAUACGAGACUGUGUCUACAAUAAUCAUUAAGAUAUUGAAAGUGAUUAACACUAAAGAAUAAUGGAAGCUAACGAACGUCAAAUAAUAAGUCAACUGACAAUCGGGGUCAUUGAAUGACAAGGCUAUGAUCGAGGCAUACUUUGUAUCAAUUAUAUUGGGGUAGGUUUUCUCUUGACUUUCUAAAUAAAUCUUCAACAUAAAUCGAUGUUUGAUAAUUUGUUUACUAACGGACGUCUUUACAUGAUGCAAAUGUAUAACUUGUCUUGAUUAUAUUCAGCUAGAAAAUGUUUAUUAUUUAUACAAUACGGUCCAUUACGUCCAUACAUAACGGAAAUGCCUGUGUCAGUGCUUUUCCCUAAAAGACUUUAGACAACAGUAAAGGUCAAACGAAUGUUCAUCACUGUUCUAGGUCCAAUAAUAUGUAAAAUUUUGCUCUUUCAAAGCAGAGUUUACAGUAAACAUGAACGUUCUUAUUUGCUCCAAACUGCCGAAAGUCGAAAAUGUUGACGUUUUGUUGGCCUGCAGUACCUCCAAAAUUUACAGGCCGCAAUAUUUUAUUUUAUAUUAUGUAAGACCAACCUUUAAUCUCACCAUACAAAUAAUACUACAUUCAUAGCAAGUCUAACUUUUGAAUUUUAGGGUUUUUAUUUCACCCAUUUUUAAGGAACUUGGAAAUUUCUAUUUUAGUCUAUCAUGAAUGAUGUCAUUUCUAUAUUUAGAAAACAAAUUUGAAAAAUUUAUAGAUACCUUGUUACUUAAGACAUAUAAAGCUACUAUUGUCUGGAAAGAUUUAGUUUUAUGAUUAUUUUUGUUUGAUGUACAGAGGUUUAAAAAUCAGCAAAAAUCCACUAUUGAGAACAGCAAAAAUCGUAAAUUUAGCCCUCAACUUGACCCCCCUGGAACUUUGCCAAAAUGCAAUUAGACUGACAACAAAAUGCAUUUUGAAACAACCCUUAUAAAGGCAAUCUCGACUACAAAGUUUGAGAGAAAUCUAUUUGUUGAUCCAAAGAGGUCAUGAGGUUCUUACAGAGACUGCCUCUUAAACGUCAAGCGCAUGCGCGACUCCAGGAAAAUGGCAGGGAAAUGUCUGCCAAAAUAAUAGGAUUCAUAGGAGUAAAUACAAGAAAAAAUAACAUUUACUAUAAGGGAACGGCUAAAGGUAUAAACUUAGGAAUUUCAUCGCUUUAUUCUUGUCACAAGCUAGAACUGGGAAGUCACACUGAGUUACACUUAGUCUUGAUUUUCAUUACACUUUUAUUUUGCUGAGUGUAAGUCUUGUUUACACUUUCUGCUAGAGCUUCAUGAAGAAAAUAUCAAGCCACGUUUACACCACGCUCAAUUUUUGAUUCGGUACCGCUACGGAUAAUAUUGGUACCGAUACCAAAUUUGUCCGUGCUCGACAUUUGUAAACAGGUAGUCCGAACAAGGAUAAAACAUGGUACGGGUAAAGAAUGGCAAGUUCUUGCAGUAGCUACUUAGCUCAUUUUGUUUCAGACCGCACUGUUGAAUGAAAAAUUCGAGUCAUCUAUGUGAUCCAAUAUCGACAAUAUGGCUAGUAGAAACAAGAAGGUCAAUUGCAUUAUAUAAUUAUCAGAUUAAAUGCCGUUUGUUUUUGGUUCAACUUGGCAUGCGCGAUAUCAAAGCGUCUUUUUACAUGUUUCUUUACCGUUUUUUCGUAUCUUGCUUACUUCUACAAAUAUUUUGGUCGAAAAGAAUGAAAUGUCCGCAAUCUUCAAUUUUUGUAGCAAUAUUUUUUUUAUCUAGCUAGACAACCACUAAUCAUUUUACACUCAAAACUAUACUCUGUCUGCAUGCCGGACCCUUCGAAAUAUCAAGAUCACUCAAAACCUUUAAUUCAUCUACCAAUCAAUAUCUGGUCAGCAACGAAUACUUUUAUGCGGUUAAUCCCUGUUGUGACGUCACCAAAACUACCGUUGAUGAGAUCAAAAACAUAUUCAAGAUAGCGGACAUCUCAUUACUUCAAGUGAAAAUAUUUCAAGAACUAAGCAAGAUAUGAAAAAUCGGUAAAAUAAGUUAAUAUAUAGUUUCAAAAGCUCUUUCAAAUUAGAAAAUAAAAAUUUAUAUUGCCAUUUCCCUUUAAGGUGUGGGCGUAUAAAUUUGCGUUGAGGAAGCCAUUUUAAUUGACAUCCUGCAUGUAUCGCUUUUUUCGGAUAUGAAAACGAAUAUGGAAUAUUGAACACUGAGUUUAAACGUAGUGCGAAUAUGAAUAUUGUUAUAAGCAAAGAUUGUAUUUAAAACAUCAUUCUGGAACCGUUUUAUAAGUAAUAGCUCCAUACUUUCUGCUUUGAGAGUUUUGUUUUGAGUUAAGGGAUCGGUCAUUAUUUAUGGCGGGGGUAGCACCGAAGAGAAAGCUUUUUCGUGGCAAAUAUUUUGCUGACCCAACCAUUAAAAAGUCAAAAAUUUGAUAACCCAACCUCAAAUAUUAAUUAAAAAAUAAAAAGCCACCCCUGGCCAAAAACUUUACAAAAGGAUACCAUUUAGUUGUCACACAUGUCUGCACAUGUUAGUUUCUCUCCUGACAAAUCGGAAAGUGAUCAAGAUAGUGACUCUGAUUGAUUCAAUAUUAUAUUGACAUAAUAAUGACCGGUCCCUAAUAAUAAUUUAUGCGCUAUAUACAUCAGAAUGAUAAGAGCGCAGUACAGUUAAUUUAUUUACAACAUAGCCCGCGUGCAGGCCCAGGGGAAGAAUAGUGGGCCUGCAAGCAAGGCCCGGUAUUUUGUACUUUACGUAUUUUGUACGGCAUUUUGAUUGGCUGUUUGCUCUUGGAUUCUAUAAUUAGAUCAGUGAUUCAUCACAAAGGCUUUCGAUAAGCUUAAAAUUCGAAAAUUGAUAACUUUUUUGGAUUAAAAAUGGAACAAGAACAGACUGUUUAUUGUUUACUUGAAGGAAAAGAUGUUUUUGCCGUUAUGCCAAUGGGGAUUGCUUGUCGUGAAGUAUUGGAAUAGCAACAUUACGACUGGGAUAAAACAGCGCUUUUUGCGGUGAAGAUUUAGAGGCAGUUGCAUGUAAGCCUAUUCGAAACACUUUGUGAUUUGCAAGGCUUCGCUGAGAGACCGAAACAGAAUACGCCGGUAAUUGCCGUUUGAAAUGAAAUGAAAUGAAACGAUCUGGACGGCUCUGAGCGCUCUUUUCUUUAAGUUCUUUUGUAGAGUUCUUUACCAGAUGAAAUAACUGAAAUAAAUUUCGUACUUUCCGCCGCCAACAAAAAUUUCACACACGAUCCGAUAAGUGAGACAAUUCAUUUAUAACAAUGACGACAGCGAAGCACACAUUAAUGCUAAUGUGGUCGCACGACUUCCCUCACGAUUUGAAGUUUGCGACUGAUUUUCUGCUGAAAUUCGUCCUAAUUUGCCUGUUCCGAUUUUAGUUGAUAAUGAGCACUUGCAAAUUUGGCAAUUACUGCGUUGCUUGCUUUUUUGGAGUUGAAAACACAGCUAUUUACACAUUGUUUCUAUUUUGAAUAAGCAGAGAAAACCCCGCAACAUUUUAAUGCGAGUUUGUUUGUUACUAUUUGGGUUGCUGUCAUUGGUUCUUUUUUGACAAUUGACGCGCGAAUGGGGCGUGUUAUGAAAAGGGGCGUUUUACAAAAUACCGGCCCUUGCUUGCAGGCCCACUAUUCUUCCCUUGGGCCUGCACGCGGGCUAUUUACAACAAGAAUUAAUACAGUUACAGGUAAAACUUACUUCCCACCGGGCACACGACGUUGUUUCAACGUUGAAAUUUGGUAGAAAAAAGGUUGCGACGUCGACAACCUAAUAUCUACGUUGCUCUGACGUUGUUUUACAAACAUUGGUUCAACAACAGCCAACAGACGUUGAAUUAACGUUCAUUCAUGGUUAAAUGUACGACGUCGAUUUGUGAACCAAUCUCAACGUUGUUUUAACGUGGAUUCAACGUUGAAUUAUGGUUGACGAGAUUGGCAACCUAAUUUCAACGUUGUUUCAACGUCGAAACAGUAACGUCGAUCCAAUUUGCAUAGUCAACCCUUUUUCAACGUCUAUCCAACGUCUGGAAGGUCAUUUCCAACGUUGAUUCAACGUUGGAUAAACGUCAUUUUGCCCGCUGGGUUGUUUCCAGAUUAGUGAUUUAUAUAGUCGGAUCUAUGUUUUUCACAGGGUUUCGAAAUACCGCUAGUUUUCCCCUGAUUACGGAAUUCACAACUGAAAAAUAUCGUACUUGGUUGGGGAUUGGGUCCUGCGUAUAUUGGGCUGUGGGAAUAUCGAUAAUGCCUCUGAUUGGAUACUUAAUUCCUGCAUGGAGAAUGUUCUUGCUUGUGACAGCUAUCGCCGCAAUACCUGUUUUCUUUUUCUGGUGGUAAGUUUGAAUAUUUUGUGCACUUUAAGAUUUCCUGAGCCUGCGCAACAGAAUCCAUAUUGUCAAAGUCAAAAUGUCUGGUGCUGACGUCAUAUUUAACUUUUUAUUUCUCUUCUUGUUUUUACUCUUUUAUUCAAGUUAUUAGUUUUAUCAUUUUCACAUUUUACGUAAUUUCUAUCAAAUUCGUGACUAAGCCUUUUGAAAGAUAUCAAUAUCAAGGCAUAACAAAUUAAAUUAAGAAAUUUAAAUGCCUGUGUAUUUUUAUUUUAUUUUAUUUUACAAGAUUUGCCACACACACAAACAUAAAUACCACUAAACCAUUAGACAAUAUUACAUAGUUUACAUACAGAACAGACAGGAGACGACCAGAGAGAUAAUCUCCAAUAGCGCGCGGAUUCCCAAAUACAUACCAUAACAAUACUUUACAUAACUAUUGGCUUUGGCUAACUGUUAACAACAUGUUCUUACUGAUAAACUAGCGAGAGGACGAUGGUGGAGUGGCAUUUGGCGCACACUGACUUAAAUUUCUUGGGUUGUCCGGGUUGUCCUGUGUAUGACGUCAAAAGCGGAUCCUUUUUGUUGCAUGCCAUAUAUGGCAUGCUCGAAACUUCAUGUCGUCGCGGUGAGCGUACCGGUGGUCGUAAAUCACGUGGAAGAUUCGUAAAAUACGACAGAUAACGAGUUUUUCCGAUGAGCAUUUUCAUGUGAUGUGAAUCACUCAUGCACGUUUUCACCAUGGUUUCCGUCGAGGAAACGCAAAGAAAAUAUUGAUUGUUCGCCGAAAAUUUACAUAAUUGAGCGCCUCCAAAACGCACUAUCCUCCUGCUCAGUAUAUGCUAAUACAUGCAGUUAUUUAGCGAUCAUGUACAAGAUUUGUAAUCUUAUAGGGUUUAUAACUUCUGGUCAAAGGGUCUCCGCCACUGUACCAGCAAACUUAUUUUUUUCUUCAGUGCAUGGUGGUACAAUAGAAAGUGCCAAUUAAAAUUGAGACAAAUGCCUCACCACACACAAUUUUUAAUUUCUUAUCUUUAUCGAAUUGCAAUAAUAGUAAAUAGUAAUGUUAUUAUUUGAUAUUUCACUUGCCACAAGUCCGCCUUCCUGGCUUUAUGCUACCUCCAUAGAUGAUGCUACUUCCAUGGUCAUCUUUUAAUUAAAUUUAUAAGAUAACAGAGUCCAAUAUUAUUAAUCAGCCUUUUGGUUUCCUAUGGGUUAACUUGCCUUCAUUUAUCUUUGGCAAAUAAACUGAUUUGGUUUGAUUUCAUUGGUAACUAGUUUCUGUACAUUACAGAUACCCGUAGGAAGCCAUCAUAUCCCGUAGAUAUGUUAAAAGUCAAUGUCAAAUAUCGUCUGAGUGCAUGAGUGAACGCAAACGUUAUAAACAAUUAGUCUCAUACAUAGUUGUUCUCUUCAGAUUGAAAUUAGGGGGCACAUUGAUUCGUAUAUACGUCUAUGCGUGGUAGCUGUUACGUAUGUAUUAAAACAACCUUCUGUUUUGUCAGGCUGAUACCAGAAUCUCCCCGAUGGUUGUUAUCGAAGGGUAAAGAAGACGAAGCGAAAACAGUUCUUGCCAAAAUUUCCAGAAUGAACAAACGACCAUUACCAGAUGAUCUUGCACUGCAAAAACCUGUGAUAACUGAAACACGAGCAAGUUUUAUGCAAUUGUUUAGUGGCUGGAAAACUGCUAAGAAGACCUUGCUUUCUUGGAAUUUAUGGUAUGUUGGCUUUCAGUACGUUCAGUUUACCUGAAUCUAUUGGGUAUACUGUAUAUGUGCCUUUGACAUGGUCUAUAGUUUAGAUCGAUACGCAUUGAAUCAAUUGGACCUCGAAACUCUACAAAACCGUCGGGAGAACCUCCCAACUAAGUUUUCUCCAGUCAUGGCAUUUCACCCUGAUCUAUCAUUUUCAUCAAAUGGUCCUUCGUGUUGCUGCAAUUUCCCUAAAAUAAAAUUUCCGUUACAUUAGGAAUUAAAUUUACCAUUUUCAUCAUUCUCUGUUUCUUCAAUGCAGCCGCUAAAAGCGAUGUAUUUAUUUGUCAAUUUCCCAUUCUCAUAUUUUAAUAUGUAAAAUUCUACAAUAUUUUUGAAAUAAAUAAAGAAAUGUCUCAAAUUUUCUUUACAGACAACUAAACAUAUUCCUAAAAUUUAUACUACGGCAAAAAAUUGCCGUUGUUGUCCACAAUAAUCUGCGGCAUUUUCCUCUCAAACUACGGCCAUUAGCGCAAUUAGUGCAGCGAUAAAAUUCCAGCCCCGAUCAGAAAACCUGACGUGUGUUUGUGCAUGUGCCAAGCCCAUAGCUGGCUCUCCUUUUCUAGGAGGCACUGCUGAAAAAUUUAGCAAAGGAGAUAGUUUUCGCGGUCGCAGUCCUGGAAAAUACGUUCUUCUAGACCGUGAAGAAUAUUAGAUUUAACCUUUAUUUCUUAAAACUUUAAAGUAAACAUAGAAAAGCAAUUUUCUGGCUAUAAAUAAUGAACUUAACCAAACGGAAGCCACAGCAAAUAUAAUCUGAUUAAUAGUUUAUACAAAAAAUUAAUGCAUAUAUGGUAUUGCCGUUUUAAAGUAAACCAUGGAGGGUCAAUUGUAGCUUCGGCCAAAAAUAAUUAAAAUGAAGAAGAACAAUUUGGGGGACAUAAUUUUAAUUUUAUUUCCAGAUGGGGGAGCACUGCCCCCCAGGCCACCCCUCAGCUACAAGCUUGGCAUGUGCACUUUGGGAUAUUGCAACCUGUUUUUAUUUUCAUGAAUUUUGUUAAUAGGUUUGCUAACUCCCUUGUGUACUAUGGUGUGGCUUAUGGUUCUGUUGAUCUUGGUGGGAAUAGAUAUCUGAAUGUUUUUCUUGUCAGUGUCGUUGAAAUACCUGCAAAUUUUGCUUAUAUUUGGUCAGCAGACAGGUGA